AUGGCAGAGGGCGAAGCUAACUCAGCCAUGGAUAUUGCUCACCAAAUCUACCGACUGGGAAGCCAGCCAACAUUGAAGCGGACAACAUCAGCCAUACCGGGUGGUGACGUAUAUGGCAGAGCCCCGGCACCUCGAUUAGAUCGUAUCCAAAGGAAAAGCAUAGUGGCUAUCCUUGGCCACCCUUUACCACCCACCGACAUGAUGCGCGCGCUGUUAGAAGAGUAUUUUGACUCGGUCCAUUGGUUCAGCUUGGUCAUCUACGAGCCAAGAUUUCGCGCAAAGUUCGAAUCAAUCAAGGAUGGUCAUGCAUAUCCCUCACAAAAGUCGUUUCUUCUUCUCCUAUCCACUGUUAUUGGUAUGGGAGCAUGGUACAAAUCUCACAAGAAAGACACGGACCUGGACUUUCCGGACGAAGAUUGGUACGCUUGGUCGCAAUCACUCAUCCAAGGCGCGGGUUCUCAACUCACUGAACUGAUGGACCAAAGUACGAUUUCAUCGGUUCAGACGUGCAUCCUGCUUGGCUCUUACUAUGUCUACCAUGGCAAACCUAACUUAUCUUUUGCGUUACUAGGUGCAACCAUUCGAACGGCGCAAUCGAUUGGCCUUCAUCGCCAGCCGCUACGAGGUGACUCUCACUCUAUCGAGGAGAGGAAAAGAGUUUGGUGGACUAUAUACACAUGGGACAGAUUCGCUUCCAUCACUUACGGCCGGCCUAUUGGUAUUAACGAGAAGGACUGUAAUACAAACCAUCCAAUUGACAUAUGCGAGUCGCCAUACUUCAAGCCAGGAGGUCCUCCAGAAGCCGAUUUGACGAUAUGCUACUCGUCCUACCAACGAGAGCUCAACAAACUUUACCUCAUUGCGUCACCUAUUAUCGAGAUUAUCUUCGGAAUGCGCGCUGUGGGACCCAAUGAACGACCUAGUGGGCCGCAGUACACUGAUCAGAUCUUAGAAGUGACGGAAAAGCUUUGGGCGUGGCGCCGGCAUUUACCGCCUCAUCUUCUACUUGAUAUGGCCUCCGACUGUAGUAUUGACCAGUCUCGCACUACGCGCGUACACCAGAUGCAGGCAUUAUCUCUUCAGCUUACGUUUGACAACCUACUGAUUAUCUUCAAUCGCCCGUUGAUCGCGAAACAAGUGGACCAUCUCAUCAGGACGCAACCGGAAAGUGGCCAUGGUGUCGCAUUAUCACCAGCAAGCCUUACGAACACUGGAUCACCGUUCCUUACAGCCCAUGAGUCCAGCCCGCUAAAUACAAGCCAUAUGUCGAGCACCGAGCAGUGGUGGCACGCGGCGUUGAGAACGUCAAAGGUCACCGAAUUACCGCGGCUUUCUCAGCUAGCCACUGAUAGUCACCUGGUAGCUUUCUUGGCUAUCAAUCUAUUCAAUUCCGCUAUUGUCAUGGCUGUGUUAGCAUUGUCAGAUCCACUUUCAGACAGAGCACAAGAAGUAAAGAGGACCAUUACGCGGAUAUUUCGAUUACAAGAACUACUUGGCAAGAAGACACAGCUUUCAAUGCAGAGCAAUUUGGUUCUUAGAGACGUCAUCCAGAUGCUGUUGCGUAGGGAAGCAGAUGCUAUAUUUGGCGAGAGCGACAUCUCAAGAUCGCAUGCAGGGACGGCAUUGAUGUCUGUCGAAGACACCCUUCGUCUGCCGACGCAGCUGCCAUCAAAUGGACAUCAUAGACCGCAACACAAUACAGUGGACAGAAUGCAACGCGUCCACGAAAGCAUGGCAUCAGUGCAGAGAGGUGAGUUGUUCUUUAUGCAUUUCCGACGAACUACGAAGCGUGCUGAUGCUAUGCUCUACCUAGUUUUUCCUACGGGUCUCGAUGGUACGUAUCGUGAUGACACCGCUGACGUCCAGCAAUGGGCUGCCAACAACGGUGAUACGGGUCACUUACCUAGCGGACACAAUGUAGAUUGGUCAAACGCCGGCACACAGGACUUCAAUCUGGAAGGAGAGUCAGAUUGGAUCAGCGAUGACAAUAAUGUUGAUGUCACUGGCAACGGAUUAUAUUGGUUCUGGGAUUCUGUCUGGAAUGAGCCUCCGCUGUAG